AUGUGAACGCUAGGCGGCAGCUCGGUGCUCCACCGGAAGUUGUUCCUGUCAGCACGUAGACUGUUUCCGGCUACACCGCUGCUCAUCGACAUUAAACCAUGAAUCCGCUGACCAAAGUGAAGCUGAUCAACGAGCUGAACGAGCGCGAGGCCGACCUCGGCAUCAAGGAGACCGUUUCCUGGCACAGCGAGUACAAGGACAGCGCCUGGAUCUUUGUUGGAGGGUUUCCAUACGAGCUCACCGAGGGGGACCUGAUCUGCGUCUUCUCUCAGUACGGAGAGAUCGUCAACAUCAACCUGGUGCGAGACAAGAAGACCGGCAAGUCCAAAGGCUUCUGCUUCCUCUGCUACGAGGACCAGAGGAGCACCAUCCUGGCUGUGGACAACUUCAACGGCAUCAAGAUCAAAGGCCGGACCAUCCGCGUGGAUCACGUUAAGAACUACCGUCCUCCCAAAGACCACGAGGACAUCGACGACGUGACCAAACGUCUCAGAGAGGACGGCUGUGCUCCUAAAGAUCCUGCUGCUGCCGGCCUCUCUGAGGAAGAGGAGCAGGAUGCCGUACCUGUGAAGAAGGCCAAGAAAGACAAGAAGGAGAAGAAGAAGAAGAAAGAGAAGAAGAAGAAGAAGAAAAAGAGCAGAGAGUCCUCUUCCUCGCCGGAUUCGUCUCCUCGUCAUCCUCCUGCAGGCGUCAGAGUCAAAGAGGAGAAACAGGACGCUGCCUAUGACAAGUACAGCCAGCAGGGGGCGCCGUCCGGCGGAGCACAGAACGGACAGAGGGCCACGGACAGAGGAAGAGGUGAGGAAGAGGAGAGGUGGAGAGGAAGGGACAGAGAGGAAGACAGGAGGAGAGUCAACGAGAGGCGGAGGGAUGAAGACGACAGGGAGAGAGAGGGAGACAGAAGAAGAGAGGACAGACGGAGAGAGACGGAGCGAGACGACGGACGAAGACGAGACGCCGGGAGACGAGAGGCAGAGCGACGAUGAAGAUGAUCCGUCAAACAUGAGGACAUUUUCUGUGAAACGUCACUUCCUGUCUGUACGCCUGGGUCAGCUCAUCGCUGCCCCUGGUGGCCGUAGCUGUCGCUGCACGACAUGCUGAGAGAGUAAAAAGGUUCUGACUGGUGACGGCUUUCUGUUUAAAUGAUGGUUCUGUUGGCAAAGAUGGCUGAACUAUGAGGUCCAAACAGGACUGGCUUUGUUUCUGCUGCAAUCAAGAACGUUCUUUAAAGGAAAAUGCAUCAAUUUGUUGUAUAAGUCAUUAAAAGUCACAUUUGUCCCAAUAAUA